AUGGGUUUUCGUUUACCAGGAAUUAGGAGGACUUCCUUCGCUGCCAAAGUGAGCUCUGCAAAAUGUGGUGAAGUGCCAAAGGGACAUCUCGCAUUAUAUGUUGGAGAGGAAAUGAAGAGAUUUGUUAUCCCUAUAUCAUACUUGAAUCAGCCUUCUUUCCAAGAAUUGUUAAGUGAAGCUGAAGAAGAAUUUGGGUUUGAUCAUCCAAUGGGUGCCCUCACCAUUCCUUGCACAGAAGAUGUCUUCCUAAAAGUCACUACUUGCUUCAACGGGUGCUAGCUUGCAAGGAUAAGACUUACAUAGAUUAGUCAGCACAAUUUUGUAAUGGAUCCUUUUGUUUUGUAAAGAUUUUGUUCUUCUCUUCGUUCCCCUACUUGGGAAGUGAAAAAUUGUUUACCUCAAUAGAAGUUUCCACUUAGUCAAUUAUCAAUAUCAAAAGCGUUGAACUUUCACUUUAGAUGACAA